AUGACUGACAAGUUCGCCGAUAAAUCUGUGCAAACACACACACGUACGGAUUUGUACGGCGCGGCCGUCGAGAGACGCGAGCGCCGCGCCGCACCCCAGCCGCGCCGUACAAAUCCGUACUACCUCGUUGAAGCAAUCUCCGCCCUGACGCUGCACCACAGCCAUUCGCGUGUUGUCCCGCUUUCUUCUGACAAAACCACACCCUCAAGCUUGGACACACCAUCAUAUCAUCAUAAUCAUAGCACAUCAUACGACAAAUCUGCCUCGGACUCACAGUUAAAUGAGUUGUCUGAAAGCACGGAGUCAACGUUCGUUUCUCAAAGGUUUAAAAGGGCGCGAGAGGAUGAAACGGCAACGGAAUUAGAUAAUUUUAAAGAAGAAAUUAAAGCGUUGUUAUCCUCUUUUAUGGCAACACAAAAGACGGAACUUGAAAAGAUUACCUGUAGCAUAAAAGAGAUUCAACAAUCCAAUCAUAAUAUCGACAACUCUAUUGCUAUCCUUACCAGCCAAAACGAAGAAUUCAGAAGUAAAAUAGAAACAAUGGAAUUACAGAUUAAAAAAGACAGAGAAUACAUUACUUUAUUGGAAGAAAAGGUGGAAGAUAUGCAAAGAGAUAGUAGAAAAUCUAAUAUUGAAUUAAAAAAUGUACCAGCUACAGAAAAAGAGUCAAAGGAGGAGCUAUUGACCAUGAUAUUACACUUAUCCAAACAUAUUGAUUGUAAAGUCGAGAAAUCAGACAUAAGAGAUAUUUAUAGAGUACGUACAAGAACAAGAAAUGGUGAAUUGGUAAAAAAUCCUCCGAUUAUAAUGGAACUCGGCUCUAGUAUAUUGAAACGUGACAUAUUGGGAAAGACAAAGUUAUUCAAUACCAAGAACAAACAGAAAUUGCAUGCUAAACACUUGGGAUUCACGACCAAUGAAGAUACUCCAGUCUUUGUUACGGAACAACUAACCCCCAAAGGCGCUAGACUUUUCUUUCUAGCAAGAGAUCUUUCGAAAUCAAAAUCUUACAAAGUUUUGCUGGACGUCCUUUGGUCGGAAUUGUGUAAGAAAGGAGAAAAAAUGUCCUAUAAUAGGAAUAAAAAAUGA